AUGAAGCGUGGGCGGGAGGUGUACGCCGAGGGGGGUGAGGAGCGCCGCAAGAAGGUGGUGGACCUCAUCCGCUCGCUGCGCUUCUCAGUUCCACUUUACCGCCUGAGGCAGCAAGAGGGACGGCGGCGCUGCGCAAAGUGCGGCAAGCGCCGGCAGUACUACUGCUACGACUGUCUGACGGUUGUCCACCCGGAGAGUCAUCCGCCGCCGCUCUCGUUGCCGUUGAACGUGUACGUCGUCCUUCACCCGGGCGAGCAGCGCGGGAAGAGCACGAGCCUGGCCGCGUCCACCAUCUCCCCCGACCUGCACAUUGUGGAGUAUCCGGAGGUGCCGAGCGGCUUGGAUCCGGCCUCUACGCUCGUGCUGUACCCGAGCAGCCAGAGCACGGAGCUGGGCGACAUCGCCGACCUGGACGCCGUGAAGAACGUCCUCUUCAUUGACAGUACGUGGCAGCAGAGCAAAGCGAUUGCCCGUGACGAGCGCGUCUGCAGGUUUAAGCACGUUCGCAUCAAAUCCCAGACGUCGCUCUUUUGGCGGUUUCAGAACAAUGAUCCCACCUACUUGGCGACGGUGGAGGCCAUCUACUACUUUCUGCGGGAGUUUAUUGCCAACAAGAGACAACGCGGCACAGCGGACGCGACGCCGCCGUUGUACCGCGGGGAGGUGGACGAUUUGCUCUUUUACUACAUCAACCAGUACGUUGCGGUGCAGCAGCGCUACAGCCACGACGCCACGAUGCAGUACACAACCCGACACUUUGACGGCUACAUUCUCCCCGGCAGCUGCUGGGACGAACUUGUGGCCCCACCGCCGCGGGACCCGGGCGAACGCAACGCCGCCUGA